CCGGCCGGGGCCUGACUCCUAAAAAUAGCCCCGGUGUGGGGAUCCGUGCGCGGCCGUCCCGGCGAGUCCCGGGCUGAGGGAGGGCGGGCGGGCGGGAGGGAGGCGUCUCCGGGCGACGCGGCGGAGCUGGCGGCGGGUCCCGGCUGCGGCGUGUGUGCACGCCUGCCCCUCGGCGCGGGGACACGGAGUGGCAUUUUGUGAAAAAGUAACAAAGAAGAAGUAUCUUCAAGGAUCCUAUCUAAGUGCACUUUCUGUUGAUACGUCAUUUCUCGUAAGACACUUUUCAUUUUUCUCUGAUACGAAAUCUUAAAAUUUCGGCGGCAGCCCGUGGACCAGCAGCUGCAAUAACAGGAGCCAAGUAUGAUGCGUUAGGCUAUUGAAGAAGAGCAAUUUUUUAAUUAAAUAUUUGGAAUAUAAGGGAGGAAAGGUGACCGAAAAUGGGGCGGAAGAAAAUACAAAUCACGCGCAUAAUGGAUGAAAGGAACCGACAGGUCACCUUCACGAAGAGGAAGUUCGGGCUGAUGAAGAAGGCCUACGAGCUCAGCGUGCUCUGCGACUGCGAGAUCGCGCUCAUCAUCUUCAACAGCUCCAACAAGCUGUUCCAGUACGCCAGCACCGACAUGGACAAGGUGCUGCUCAAGUACACCGAGUACAACGAGCCGCACGAGAGCCGCACCAACUCCGACAUCGUCGAGGCUCUCAACAAGAAGGAGCACCGAGGGUGCGACAGCCCAGACCCCGAUACUGCCUAUGUGCUAACGCCACAUACAGAGGAGAAGUAUAAAAAAAUUAAUGAGGAGUUUGAUAAUAUGAUGCGGAAUCAUAAGAUCGCACCCGCGCUGCCGCCUCAGAACUUCUCCAUGUCCGUCACGGUCCCCGUGAGCAGCCCCAACGCCCUGUCCUACACCAGCCCCGGGAGCACCCUGGUGUCCCCGGCCCUGGCGGCCGGCUCGGCGCUGGCGGACUCGGGCAUGCUCUCGCCGCCGCAGGCCGCCCUGCACCGGACCGUGUCCCCCGGCGCCCCGCAGCGCCCGCCCAGCACCGGCAGCGCAGGUGGGAUGCUGAGCUCGGCGGACCUCACGGUGCCCAAUGGAGCUGGGAGCAGCCCCGUCGGCAACAGCUUUGUAAACUCAAGAGCUUCUCCAAAUGUAAUUGGAGCCACGGGUGCGAAUAGCUUAGGCAAAGUGAUGCCUACAAAGUCUCCCCCCCCUCCAGGUGGCGGCAGCCUGGGCAUGAACAGCCGGAAGCCGGACCUGCGGGUCGUCAUCCCUCCGUCCAGCAAGGGCAUGAUGCCCCCCCUGUCGGAGGAAGAGGAGUUGGAGCUGAGCGCGCAGCGGAUCGGCAGCUCGCAGGCCUCCCAGCCCCUCGCCACCCCCGUGGUGUCCGUGACGACGCCCAGCCUGCCCCCCCAGGGGCUCGUGUACUCGGCCAUGCCCACCGCCUACAACACGGAUUACUCGCUGACCAGUGCGGACCUGUCGGCCCUGCAGGGCUUCAACUCGCCGGGCAUGCUGUCCCUGGGCCCCGUGUCCGCCUGGCAGCAGCACCACCUGGGCCCGGCCGCGCUCAGCUCCCUGGUGCCCGGCGCGCAGCUCUCCCAGGGCUCCAGCCUCUCCACCACCAACCAGAACGUCAGCAUCAAGUCGGAGCCUGUCUCGCCGCCUCGGGACCGCGUGACGCCCUCGGGCUUCCAGCAGCAGCCGCCGCCGCCCGCCCAGCCCCCCGCGCAGCCCCGGCAGGAAGUGGGGCGCUCCCCUGUGGACAGCCUGAGCAGCUCCAGCAGCUCCUACGACGGCAGCGACCGGGAGGACCCGCGGGCGGACUUCCACUCCCCGGUGGCGCUGGGCCGGCCCCCCAACCCCGAGGACAGAGAGAGCCCGUCCGUGAAGCGCAUGCGCAUGGACACAUGGGUGACCUAGGCCCCGAGGCGGCCGUGUGACCGCAGAGCACUGCCUGCCCGCAGGGUCAGGACAGGAGGUAACGCUAUUUAUAUGUACAUACAUACAUAGCUGUCCGUCACGUAUGUAUGUAUGGUGUGCGUGUGUGUGUGGGUGUGUGUGGCAGACAGAAUCGGGCCCUCCCUGCCGGCCUGUCCGUCUGCAGGCGUGGCCCGUGGGCAGCCGCCCAGCCUCCGGGCCCCGUUUCCUAAGCGGGUUUUGCAGAGAAACGUGAGAACCGCUUUGUAGACAGCCGCGCGGGACCAGGAAGCAAUACUGUACAUAGAGCCCACUCCCGCAUGGCCUGCCAGGGCGCCGGGGGCUGCCCGCCCGCCCGCACGCACGCGGUGCACGCACAGGCACCGGGCCGAGAAGCGAACGUAGUGAGAGACUAGCAGCCGCAUGAGGCCCCACGCCCCCGCCUAGAGGUAGAGCCGACCCAGCAAAGUAAUAUAUUAAGUUAUCAGAGGGACGGGGCGGAGUCCUCUACAGCCGCACCCUGACGUUAAAGAGACGAUUUUAGCUCGUGUAUAUUUUAUAUGAGAGAGAACGCCCUUAUGAAUUGAUGACUAUAUAUGAAAUUAUUCACUACUUUUGAAAACAUUCUGCUAUGAAUUAUUUAUAUAAGCCAAAGCUGUAUGUUUAAUUUUUUUUGUUUUUUUUUGAGAAUAGCUUUAUUAUCUUGUUUUAACUUUUUAAGUUUUAUUCUAAAGGGGGGAAAAUAUCUUGCGAACAGAACCUUGGGGGGAAAAAAGCCAUGAACACUUAUUAUGCUAUCUAUAAAUUAAAAGUUGAGCCAAACUUUCUGUACAUAGCAUCUUAAAUAUAUUAUCACCUUCGAUGUAAGUACCUAUGUAUUGUAUGGUCACCAGAUUAAAAAAAGUCUAUUUUUGUGGAUUUGCCGCCAAUUUGGGGGAAAGGCGAGAUCCUUAAGUAGAGUACUCACUGUUUGAUAUUUCCUAUUUUGUUAAUAUCCUGUACUUUGGGUGUGAAUUGCCAGCCAGUCUCUGCGGGACUGUGCGGGCGUCCCUCCCGGUGGUGUGUGUGCUGUGUGGGGUGAGCAUCCUGCUCUAUUUUAUAUGUGUACAUAAAUAGCAAAGUGGCAAAAAACUGGUGUUAAGUUCAUCCUGCAUAAACAAUGUGCUGUAACAAGUUUUACAAGGCAUCCUU